UACAUCCACAGACACGUACCGGAUAAACAAACGGAAUAAUUUUUUUAAAUUGUAUUUAAUAUGUCAAAAUAAACAACGCCAUGGUCAUUUAUACAUUUUAAGGUUUUAUUUACUUUUGUAAUAGAUAACGAUUAAAACUCUCACUAAAUAAACUCCGGUGUUGGUGUCAGCCUCGUCAACUCUCCAGAGGUUGCCAUGGUAACAGUAAACAGGUAGAGAGUCGGGCGCACCGUGGGUUCCUCCGGUGAAACUCAACCGGCACCGGAGUUACUGUAAUACACCUGUUAGACCUCGGCAGCAGUUUGUGUCUGACCAUGCCAUGAAGCAGAGAAAAUGUUCCCCUGAAGAAGAAAGCUGAUGGUAUUAUGGAGGCCACCAGGUCCAGACAGUCUGUCCAGCAGGGCCAGGACAGACACCAGGCACCAUGCCCAGACAGUGGACAAACAGCAGGCCCCUCCAAGCAUCAGAAGGUCACAGCUGUGGGCCAGCAACGCAACCAAGAUGAGGGGAAAAGCCUGCAAGCAACUACACCUCCUGAGGGCAAAGUUCGCCGCAGUUUUGUCAGCCUACCUGUUCUUAACCCAGAGAGACUGAGGGUAGCCAAAGCCUUUGCUGACAAAGCUGUCAGGAUGCAUAAGGUAUUCUCCGUCCAAGGCCCGUACCCUGUCAUCAGGGCAGGAUUGAGGGCCAGAGGCUGGAUUGAGCAGCAUACGCAACGCUCAAAGCACCAAGCCCAGCGUCGUCACAGCGAUGAGGCCAGGGCCACCUCUAAUAAUGCUGGUGACAGCGAUGACAAUGAUGACAAUGAAGAGCAGGACGCAGACGGACUAUAUGAUCUCAUGUCUCGCCUGGUGCGGAAUGAAAUGGUUUAUUUCUACUGGACCAAUCGUAGAGACGCCAUCAACAACAACAGCCUGCAGAAAGAACAGAUUACCAAUCAUUUCGCAAAAGCAGGCAGUUUCACCACCAAGGUGGGGUUGUGUUUGAACCUGAGGAACCUGCACUGGUUUGAUUCAGCCGACCCAGAAACCUUCUUCCCCCGCUGUUACAGACUAGGAGCACAGGAUGAGAAGCAAGCUUUCAUCGAGGACUACAGGAGGACAGCCUGCACCAGUCUCUUGAAGUACAUUGUGGAGAGGGAGCAGGGUGUUCAGGGAGAGGGAAUGAGCCACAACAUUCAGGAUCAGAGAAAACGAAGAAAACGGCGGUCUACACCAGUGGAGCUUUCCAAAAUGAUGGACAGCGCACUCAAAGUAUGCCAGAAGUACCUGGAGAGUAUAGAGCACAAAGACAUAGACACAAGCUUGGAGACACCACAAACACUUACAAAGGAGGAGUGGGCAGAGUUCAUUGACAGUUACAACCUCGUUGUUCAUGGCGGAGCAGAAAUCGAGAACAGUGAUCAGUUUGUGACAUGCUGCAAAGCCAUGCUGCAGAAGCUGGUGGAGGUCAGUCCACAGCUGGACAUAGACGGCAUACACAACAUAUGGAUCAUCAAACCCGGAGCUAUGUCCAGGGGCAGAGGAAUCAAAUGCGCCAAGCGUCUGGAUCAGAUCCUCAGGCUGGUGGAGUCUGAUCCAACCUUGAUCACGGAAAGCAAGUGGGUGGUGCAGAAGUACCUGGAGUGCCCCUUGCUCAUCCAUGGCACCAAAUUUGACCUGCGCCAGUGGUUCCUGGUGACUGACUGGAACCCUCUGACUGUGUGGUUCUAUAAGAAGUGCUACUUGCGCUUUUCUACGCAGCCUUACUCGCUUGAUACACUGGACAGCUCUGUCCACCUGUGCAAUAACUCCAUCCAGAAGCACCUGAAGCCCUCCAAACAGCGCCAUCGAGGUAUCCCUGCAGACAACAUGUGGUCGGAUGACCAGUUCAAGAGCUUUCUGUCCAGCCAGGGCCGGGAAGCUCAGUGGCACACUGUGGUAGUCCCGGGGAUGAAGAAGGCAGUGAUCCACGCAUUACAGACAACACAGGAUCUGAUGGAGUCACGCAAAAACACAUUUGAGCUCUACGGUGCCGACUUCAUGUUAGGACGAAACCUGCUUCCAUGGCUGAUAGAAAUCAAUGCCAGUCCCACAAUGGCUCACUCCACCCCUGUGACAGCCCGCCUCUGCACUGCUGUGCAGGAAGACACACUACGGGUCGUCCUGGACCGGAGAGCAGACCGCACAGCAAACACUGGAGACUUUCAGCUCAUAUAUAAGCAGGCAGCAGUAGAAGUGCCACAGUAUGUAGGAGUCAACCUACUUGUUGAGGGCUUCAAGAUCAAAUGCCCCUGUCCCCUUCCUCCACUGGGGUCCCCCACCCGUUCAGCACAGAAACCCCGGGGUCCCGUCAAGGAGAAGGAACCAGCUGCAGAUAAAGUGAAGCCUCUACCUAAGGUGUUGUUAAAGAGUGCUGAGUCUUUGCUCAAAAAUUUUUAUGUUCCAUCACCUCCUCUUCUUCCUCCUGAGCCGCCGCCUGUGCCUGUCUCUAUCGAAACCUUCAUACCUCUCCUGCCAAUGACUGUGAAGUCCAUCCAUCUGCCCUUCAGUGCACAGCCUCAGUCUGUAAUUUUGUGGAAGAGGAGAUCAAAGGAAACAAAAGUCUGCCCAGAGGAAGUCCAACCCUGUACCACAGAGAAGCACCAAGGUCCUUCUCUGGAGAUUACUGUUCAAAAACAGUCCUUGCCAGCAGCCGCCAGCACCAUGAGUGCCUAAAAAACUUUCAAAAGAAGGUUUAUUGACCAAAUCAUUAACAUGCUCCUUCAGUUUGAACUCUCUGUUUGCAGGGUUGUCUGCCUACUUCAAUAUAAAGUCAGAACUGAACAAAUUCCCAUGUCUAGUUUUUCACAUUUUUUUUAGAUUCGGUCAUCUGAUUUAAUACAACAGUGCCCCUCUUAUUCUUUUUAACAAAAUUCUGUUCACCUCCACUGCGCUGAAGUCAAACAUCUAGGUAAAUAAAAACAAGCUAAUUACAGUUUGAUAC